AUGUCCCGGCUUCUUCACGCCCGACGGGAGCACAAGUCUAACACUUCUCCUCCUAUAAAGCUUCUUUACGAGAAUCUCGACUGGGAGCAGGGCCCAGAGGGAGUGUUUUGCCCGGAAGCACAAAGUCACCGCUGGGACCCUGUCCUACACAGCGACCGCACCUACAACGUGGACACGCUUCCCGCCCUGCUCGGGACGCUUUCCGCGUUGCACGAGUCCAACACGGCAGAGACCGGCGAGCAGCCGCAGUCAACAAAAGACUUUCUGGCGACAAAGCCGCGGCACGCUUCGGAGGAAGCGCUGUUUGGCCUCUUAUCAGAUCAGGGGUGGACGGAGUUACACAGGCAGACAUUGCCACUGCCCGUUCUUGGAGCUGAGACGCAAUGUGUGGAACUGUAUCUCUACGAAAAGGCGUGA